ACUCUCCGCAAUUUCAGAUUUUUGCAGUCACAGAGAAAGAGAGAGAGAGAGAGCGGUGAGCCUUUUUGGUUGUGUUCGCCGGCAAAUAUGUCCUGCUCGUCGGAGAACUCGGAGGUUUCUGACUUGAAGCCGGUCAAGUCGUCGGAGCAGUCUGCCUUCUCGCAGACUUGUAGCCUGUUGAGUCAGUACCUCAAGGAAAAAGGCGGCUUCAGCUUCGGAGAUCUUAGUCUUGGAAUGACAGGCAACAUCAAUGGAACUGGGUCUGUUGAGACAUCUUGUCAAUCUGCAACAAUGAAGAACCUUCUUCCGACCCAUACUGCCACGAAUCCCAGUGUGAUGAAUUCUGCAAGUAAGGAGCCCAAAUCUGAACAGUUAACUAUCUUCUAUGGGGGACAAGUUCUUGUGUUUGAUGAUUUUCCAGCUGAGAAAGCCAAGGAGAUCAUGUCCCUUGCACGCAAAGGAAUCUCCCAAACUCAAAACAGAUCUGCUUAUACAUAUCCUUCAUUUCCUCCUAAGUUGGUCACAAUCUCUGCUGAUUCUAAUGUUGCCAGCAAUUUGGUUAAAGAGCACUCUCAAGCACAACCCAGACCUGUUAUUGCUGAUCUACCAAUUGCUAGGAAAGCUUCACUUCAUCGGUUCUUGGAGAAGAGGAAGGAUAGAAUCGCUGCCAGAGCUCCAUAUCAAACAAACAAUGCCAAGAAGCCAGCUGAAGCCAUGCCAUGGACGGGCUCGUCUCCUAAUUCACCACGAGUCUGAAGCUGCAACUAGCACAUCAUUAGUGGUUGGGAUCUUAGUGACUGUUUUUAUGGAUGAUUUGUUAGGAUUAAGAAUAUGAGACGAUUGCUUAGGUUCCGUGUUUGGUCUUCUAAUUCCCUACAUCUAUAGAGAAGUUACAAUCAAGAACAUUCAUGUAUUCAAGACUUUAAACCCCUAGGGGUUGGCUCUACCCCAUUAAAUCU